CCACAGUGAAUGUGUGGGGCUUUGGUGUGAUGUGUUCCGGCACAGACAGAUACUGUGUGCACAAGCAUGAAGCAGAUGCUGCAGUGUAAUCAAAACAAAGUGCAUGCAUUUCAGCAUGAGCAGAUUUUAUUCUGCACAAGUUUUUCAUCAGCACAGAGGUGUGUCGAUAUCUAGUCUGUGUCGUGAUGGGGAUUUUUAAUGCAGAGUUUGUUGUACAGUCAGAGUCUCUACGCUGCUACCAGCACUGCAGCAGAGGAUUUUCUUCGCUUGCACCAUCGCGUGCAGCACUGAUGUGCGAUGUAGCACUCAGCAUCUCUCCGGUUUCUGCGCUUAAUAAAAGUUGCAGCUUCCUGCUCAGUGGCUGAAGCGUGAACGGUUCAGUCGUCCAGCAAGCACAAAGGAAGAGCCGUGCUCCAGUUUAGCUGCACGCUGUAGAAGCCGUGGGUUCAUCUUAUGGCUGUAGCGGGACAGAGGAGGGACGGUUCGAGGAGGGCAGGGCAGAUAUAGCCCAGGAACCGGGCUGCAGCGAUGGAGGCGAGGGACGUUGGGGCUGGAGUCAUCUGCACACAGAGAGGGAGGGAGAGGAAGAAAGACGUCAGGAAAAAAAGCUGUGCUUCUGACACCACCACUGUUCAGCGACCAUUGUAGAAUAAAACUACUUUCGCCUUCGUUGAACAGUUUUCGAGUACAGGCGGGCGUAUUUAAGGUAGCAGAGGAGGAAUGGUGCAUGACACCGUUUCCUGAUAGUCCUGCAUCAUUUUUUUUUCUGCUUUACAAAGAUGACUGUGGUGUCUCCUUGUACUCAGAACCUGAUGGAUAGUGCUCACCCUCACACUGUGCUCAGAAAGCUCAAUGAGCAGCGCUUGCAAGGUCUUUUCUGUGAUGUUACCAUUGUGGUGGAGGAUGUAAAAUUCCAGGCCCACAGGAACAUUCUGGCAGCCUGCAGUGGGUACUUCAAGAAUGCACUGACUUCUCCUGACACGUGGAGCUCUAACCAAGUUCUAGAACUACUGGACCUGAAGUCUGAGGUGUUUGCCAGCAUCCUAAACUUCAUCUACUGUUCAAAGGUGACAUCAGUUGGUGCAGAGGAGACAGGAGGCCUUGUGGCAGCAGGAAAACGACUUGGAAUUCCGUUCUUAGAGAAGCUUGCAGAACAAGAGAAACAAGAUUUUGGCAAGGCUACAGUUCAGCCCAAAUGUGUCAAAACAGCUGAUCCCAACAUAGCCUCUGUGCAUAAAAAAGCUAAGAAGGAAGGUUCCCGCCCUGAUGAGGCAGAUAACACCAGAGGGCCAAGGAUUACCAAUGCCUUUUCUAUCACUGAAGUGGGUCCUGGAAACAACCCUUUCACACCUUUGGUUCAAGUCAUUGGUGAGAAGGAGCUACCAGAUGUGGCGCAGCAUUCAGCAGGUUGCCCUACAACCUCCUGCAUCAGUGGAAACAAUGAGACCACCCAUGCCCUCUCAGAACAUUCAUAUGCAGUAUGCCAACCUACUGAAGGAAAGGACACCUGUCAGUGGGACAAGAAGAAUGUCUGCAAACCAUCAAUAUCACAGUCAAAACAACUUGCUUAUCGAAAUGCAGGCCCCCUUAAAAAACGCCACAGGCUGAGAGGCACUUUGGGUAGAACCAUAGUCCCUACUCCAUCUGAAUCACAUACAGAUACACCAAAUAAUAAUAAUGCAACAGCAUUAGCCGAUAGUGUUGCUGUAGCACCUGUUGCAGUCAUGACACCACCUUCACUUUUCUCACAGGUAGACUCAGAAAAGAGUAUAAGCACAACACUACCUAUGGCUUCUGAUGAUAGUCAGAUAGAAUUAGGUCCACCCAACCUUUCCCCUCAUACAGACGACAGUAUUUCAAUUUAUGGAUGUGAAGAAUGUCCAGAGAUAUUCACAAAUAAAGCUCUUCUUUCCACGCACUCCAAAGUACAUAAAAAGCAUUUUGUCAGUCACUUGUUUUGCAAGUUUUGCCAUAAAAGGUUCAUACACCUCAAACGUCUGCGAAACCACGAGCAGGUCUGCACAGAGUCUGUCAGAAGCCUGCCUGAAAAAAAUGCCAUUGAAAACAUGGCUAAAGACAUGGACCUAAAUUCAGAUGACAUGCCAAACAUUGAAAACAUGACACAGCUACCCCCUAGAGAACUUUCCACUUCUUGCACUCCAAAGCCCUUUGAAGAGGAUCAAUCGGAGCAUCCAAGGGAGAAGAAGGCAAUCCAGCCAUGUGGUCAGAGGCGAUACAACUGUAGUGUAUGCAAACGGGUCUAUGUCACACUGUCCAGUCUCAAGCGGCAUGAGAAUGUUCAUUCCUGGCAGAGGGCCUAUCCCUGCCAUUAUUGUAAUAAAGUGUUUGCCUUGGCAGAGUACCGUACUAAGCAUGAACUUUGGCACACAGGGGAACGCAGGUAUCAGUGCAUAUUUUGCUUGGAGACCUUCCUGACUUACUAUAUCUUAAAAAACCAUCAGAAGUCUUUCCAUGGCAUUGAUCCCAGAUUAUCAGUUAAGAAGAAAUCUGCCAAUGGCGGGUUGAAAGCCAGUGUUUAUCCUAUCAAACUUUAUAGACUUUUGCCUAUGAAGUUUCGAAAGAGACAAUACAAGUCAUACAGUCAAACAUAUUCAGAAAGUACUGAUAAAAGUGACCAAACCACAAAUGAGCGCAACUCUGUUGGCCCUCAUUUUGAAAACAAUGCCAUUGUCAGUCUCUCGGAUUCCAUUUCAUUACCUAUGACAUUCAUGGCAACAACGACAAUGGUGGCGCCUGUCACACCUCGAAUCAGCUUUGACAAGCAAGGCAACCAAGAUCCUGACGAAAGUUUCAACACAGAAUUGGAAACAUGCCACCACAGAGGCACAAGAAAAGAUGCAGAGCUACCCUACCCUUUACAAUGUGACACAGAGCCUCCUGUAGUUGGUUACAAAGAUGACCCUCCACUGCUAAUUAACUCAGAGCUCACCAGUCAUGACACAUCAUUUUUAUCCUCUUUGAACACCGUUAAAAAGUUAAGUGAGUUGUCAGUUUCUGCAAAAAGAGUUGAGGAUAUGACCAAGGAGAUACUUCUGUCAGGUACUGAGAUGCCAGCACAUGACAAAAUUGUGGGUGCAAAGACAGAAACGUAUAUUGCCAAACCUGCAUGUCCAGGUCCAUCUGUGCAUGGUAAUACCAUGCCACUGUGCCAGAUAACAGUGAAAAUAGGCAAUGAAGCCAUCAUCCGCCGCAGAAUCAAAGGGUCUAAGCUCUUUCCUAAAAAGAAAAAGAGGAUCAGAGAAUUGAAGGAAGUGGAGACCCCAGAUCAGUGCCUUCCAAUAAAGGGCAACUCGGAGAGUCCCAGGCUUCGCCACAGGACUGAUGCUUCCGCUGCCGCAAAGCUCGAGAUAUAUGACGACCCCAACGAUGAGCCAGCUGAUCAGCUUUGGCGUCCCUACUAUUCUUAUAAAGCAAAAAAGAAGAGGAAGAAACUGAGAUUCAAGCACAGAAAAUCCAUAUACCACAAUUAUUCUGAAGUGUGUGCAGACAGAAUGGUUGCAGGUGAGGCCCACUUGAACAAGCAUAAUUGGUUGACAGAAGAAAGUAUCUCAGCAGGUAGUGCGGAGGUGAAACGGAAUCUCAGCAGAAACAGCAGCCCAAGAGCCAAUUACAACUGUGACAUCUGCAACAGCUCUUUUAUCACGGAAACCGGUCUGAAAGCUCAUGUUAUCGGUUCGCACCCAUGUUUCUGUCGGACCUGUGGUAAACAGGGUCCUCCCGGUGAGGUACCUGCAGGAGGCGAUUACAUUUGCAACAACUGUAUGGAAAAUGGCUCCUGUUUUGAUAAUACACCACGAAGUCCAAGCACAGAGAAGAGGUAUCGCUGCUCCUUCUGUCCCCAGCGAUUUCUCUAUCUUGCCACCAAAAAAAGCCAUGAGAAAAAACACAAGGAGACAUCCGAGGAGGGAUAUAUUUCUGAAAACUUCACAUCCUGUUCUGAACGCUCAGUACGCACAAGUGAAGAGGACAAACAACACACCAUCAAAAAAGAAGAAAGUGACAAUCAAGCCAUUGCUGAUUCGAAAAGUGACAACUUGGGGUAUUUCCCCCUAGAAAAAAUAAAGCCUAAAAUUGAGGACACAACUGAAUUUGCAUCAUUGACAACAUAUCAGGACAUUUCUUCUCCCAAUAUUAAACCUCCAGUAUCACCUUGCACUGACCCACUGUUUUCUGUGUCACCCUUAAAGAUUAAACACAAAAUGGCAAACAAAAGAAAAGAUGUGCAGCAUUCUAUGCAUCGCAACUCAAAAAAGCAAACCUGUGAGAGAGACCGAGAUGAUAACAAGGACCACUUUUUGGGGCCAAGAACAAACAAUCACGAUGAUCGUGAGAAAUCCUCAAAUCACUUUCAGAAAAAUGACUCUGAAACUAAAGGGACCAUUUCCAUACACAAGCAAGACAAAUGGAUGUGCAAACAGGAGGCAUUUUAUUAAGAGAGAGAAAACCUGGGACCACAGCGACUAAAGAGCAAAUACUGGUUUGAUUGUCAAGUGUACAGGUUGUGAUGUUGCCUUUCCAGCUUAGUUCAAUAAAGUCUUUCUAAUGGAGAACAAAUGUCGAAGAUGAUCUAAUAUGAAAAAUUAGCAACAUUUCCUUCCUGAACAUAGUGAUUUUUCACUUUUGUAGAAGAUAUUUUUCUAAUAUUCUAGAGCCUCAUCACAGACAGUAUUUGUCCAUCGACUAUGCACAUGAGGCAGACUCCGUGGCGUAACUAAUAAAGAAAUGUAUGUUCACACUUUUUUUUCCUCACCAGAAUUAUUGAUAUAAAAAUAUAUACACUUUCAGAACACAGGUGGAAUGUGUUGAAAACUAUUUCAAGUUAACAAGCUACAGAGAGCAGCUGCAUUUUCAUUUUUUUAAGAAAGUUUUUAGGGGAAAUUGGGAAACAUGACUUUCUAACAAUGUCAUAUUUCUGAGUCUCCAUUUGAGUUCACAGGAGAUGGAGUUGCACUUUAUGGUUAUACAAAUUUGUUGUUAUAUAGCAAUUUAAUCCCACAUUUGAAAUGAGCAAUAUUGUUAUAAAUCUAAUUUUUACCAUAUAUGGUAUUACUAAUAUUAGAGUUACUACUUUUGUGUUUACUAUGUAUAAAACAUUUGAAACUAUUUAAAUAAAUGUUACUGAUAUUCUAAAUA